GUAAUUAGCCCAAAAUUUAGGGUUUCCCUUUCUUUCGUGCGUCUCCUGGCCUCCCCGCAAAGAAAAGCUCUCACCACACCAAAACCUCAAAAUUCAAAAGUAUCAGUACUCAGUCAGUCGCCGGACAUCCCACUCGCUGGCCGGACCUCCCGCUCAAUCUGCCAGUGACGAUACUCUGUUCAGUUUCCGGUGUUCGCAGCGUAGAUUUCGCAACUUCGACUCGGCUUUCGAUUCUUCUGCAACCUACUCGUAAUCCAGGAAAAUGGUGGGACUUUCGCUGGGGGAGAAGCAUUUCAUUAAGGGGGGCAUCGAUCAGAACAUCCGUAGUGAUGGACGGAAGCGAGACUCUUACCGGCCGAUUUUCGUCGAAACCGGUAUCAUCCCUCAGGCAAAUGGCUCUGCUCGUGUUCGAAUGGGGGCAACAGAAGUUAUUGCCAGUGUGAAGGCAGAGCUCGGAAGACCAAGUGCUUUGCAUCCUGACAAAGGCAAAGUUGCCAUAUUCGUUGAUUGCAGUGCUGUUGCUGAACCAACAUUCGAGGGAAGAGGGGGCGAGGAGUUAUCGGCGGAACUCUCAGUUGCCCUUGAACGCUGCCUCUUAGGUGGCACAAGUGGAGCAGGUGCAGGAAUCGAUUUGACUUCCUUGAUAGUAGCAGAAGGAAAGAUUUGUUGGGAUCUUUAUAUCGACAGCCUUGUCAUUAGUUCUGACGGGAAUCUACUUGAUGCCUUAGCUGCUGCCAUUAAGGGGCACAUUUCAAAUAUAUCCGUAGUCCGAGUGAUGAAAUGCUUAUACAACUUCUUUGAAUGCUCUUGUGAUGGUGUUCUUAUCAAACUCCUUAAGGCUGCCUUGGCUAAUACCGCCAUCCCGAAGGUCAACAUCUCAGCUGCUGCAUCAGGAGAUGAACAGCCGGAGGUGGACAUAAGUGACGAAGAGUUUCUACAAUUCGAUACUUCUGCAGUCCCCGUAAUAAUCACGCUAACACAGGUAGGGAGGCACUAUAUUGUGGAUGCUACAUCAGAGGAGGAAUCCCACAUGAGCUCUGCGGUUUCCAUCUCCGUCAACAGGAAAGGGCACAUUUGCGGGUUGACCAAGCGAGGAGGCGAAGGCCUUGAUCCCAGCGUUGUUUCUGAUAUGAUUUCGGUCGCUCAACACUUGAGCGAACUGCUGAUGAGCAGAUUGGAUUCCGAAAUCUCAGCAGCAGAGGCCGAAGGUGGAGAUGAAGAAUUGUGAUGCUGAUGAGACUUUUGGAGAACCAGUUUUGACCUUUUAGUUACCUAAUGAACAUUUUUUAGAUAGUCGUAGCUCUGACAUCUUAUGAUACUUUGAAACGUGUUGUGUAUCUGCUAGCAAAUGUCUGAUGUCAGGACAUAUGGUGAUUGAUUAUAGCCGUAGCUCGGUCUACUUCUACAAGUACUUGAAUCAUGAGUUGCCUUUUCUCAUUACUAGAAAAAAUACCCGCUGCUACGCCGCGGGGACUUUAGUUGCAGAGUCAUGGGCAGUUUAAUUUAUGGUCAAUGCAGGUUGUCGUAGUUUUCUCUGAUGUAAGGAGGUGGAGAGUCAUGUUUGUGGGCAUUCCUUCUACUAAUCAAUAUGAGGCUGAGAUUGUUAAUGCUA